AUGCUGUCACAAGGUUUAUUGGGGGCUUUCCUGCUCUUGGCUGCUCCAUCUGUGGCAGCUGAUACGUGUCACGCACCUGUCAACCACCCAGGAGAGCCAUUCAGCUAUGUUCAACCACAAAAUACUACCAUUCUCACCCCCUAUGGUGACUCACCAGCGGUUCUACCUUCACCAAACAUUACGGGGAAUGGUGGCUGGGAAACAGCUUUGAAGAAGGCAAAGAAAUUUGUGAACAAGCUCUCGCUUGAAGAAAAGUCAUGGAUGGCAACAGGUCAACCCGGUCCUUGUGUCGGCAAUGUUCUUCCUAUCCCGCGUCUCAACUUCACCGGUCUAUGUCUUCAGAAUGGACCUCAAUGCGUCCAACAAGGAGAUUAUUCAAGCGUCUUCAUCAGCAGUGUUUCUGCCGCCGCUAGCUGGGAUCGUCAGUUAUUGUACGAUCGAGCGCACGCAAUGGCCAAAGAGCACAAGGCCAAAGGCACCCAUGUCAUCUUGGGCCCCAUCGGAGGUCCUCUGGGCCGCAGUCCCUAUGAUGGUCGCACCUGGGAGGGAUUCGCUGCUGACCCUUACCUCACUGGUGUUUGCAUGGAGGAAACCAUCAAUGGUAUGCAAGAUGCUGGCGUUCAGGCGAAUGCAAAGCACUUCAUCGCCAAUGAGCAAGAAACACAGCGAAACCCCACCUAUGCCCCGGACGCCAAUGAGACCACCUAUAUCCAGGAUUCAGUUUCUGCUAACAUCAAUGACCGAACUCUGCAUGAAAUCUAUAUGUGGCCAUUUGCUAAUGCUGUCCGCGCAAACGUGGCUAGUGCUAUGUGCUCGUAUAACCGACUGAAUGGCUCUCACUCCUGUCAAAAUUCCUACCUUCUGAACCAUCUUCUCAAGGGCGAACUUGGUUUCCAGGGUUAUGUCAUGUCGGAUUGGGGUGCUACCCACAGUGGCGUGUCAUCUAUUGAGAGUGGCAUGGAUAUGACCAUGCCUGGAGGGUUCACUCUUUAUGGCGAGCUUUGGACCGAAGGUUCCUACCUGGGAAAGAACCUUACCAGAGCUGUGCAGAACGGUACUGUUGAAAUGUCUCGUCUGGAUGACAUGAUCGCACGUAUCAUGACACCUUACUUCUGGCUUGGCCAAGACAGCAACUACCCGAGUGUCGAUGCCUCUGUCGGUCCGCUCAACGUCGAUUCGGCCCCUGAAACUUGGCUUUAUGAUUGGAAGUUCACCGGCGAAACCAAUCGAGACGUUCGGGGAAAUCAUAGCGCCAUGAUUCGUGAGCAUGGAGCUUCCUCGACCGUGCUGCUCAAAAACGAGCGCAACGCAUUGCCUCUCCGUAAACCUCGCAAUAUUGUGAUUGCUGGCAACAAUGCCGGUCCACUCACGCAAGGCCCCAAUCUUCAGGCCGACUUUGAAUAUGGACAUCUUGCUGGCUCUUCCGGAUCUGGCUCCUGCAGGUUCUCAUUCUUGUCAACACCUCUUGAUGCUAUCAAUGCCCGGGCCCGCAAGGAUGGCUCUCUUGUUCAGUCCUAUCUGAACAACACCUUGCUCACUACCACGGCUCUGACUUCACCACUGUGGAUCCCACAACAACCCGAUGUCUGUCUUGUUUUCCUCAAGUCUUUCGCGGCAGAAGGUGAAGAUCGAACCUCCCUAGAGCUUGAUUGGAAUGGCAAUGCCGUUGUUAAUGCUGUUGCCAGUCACUGUAACAACACUGUUGUGGUCACAAAUUCAGGCGGUGUUAAUGUUUUGCCAUUUGCGGAUCAUCCCAAUGUCACUGCUAUUCUGGCUCAGCAUUACGCUGGAGAAGAAUCUGGAAAUGCUAUUGCCGAUGUGCUCUAUGGUGACGUGAACCCAUCAGGCAAGCUGCCUUACGUGAUUGCGUACAAUGAGUCCGACUAUAACGCACCUUUGACCACAGCCGUAGAGACCAAUGGUACAUUCGAUUGGCAGAGCUGGUUUGACGAAGAGCUCGAGGUUGGCUACCGCUACUUUGAUGCACACAACAUCUCCGUGCGGUACGAGUUUGGCUUUGGCUUGAGCUACACUACCUUUGGCCUCAAAGAUCUCAAAGCAAAGGUCUCUGCUCCAUCCAACUUGACCGCUCUCCCGGCGAAACAGCCUAUCCAGCCGGGUGGCAAUCCAGCUCUCUGGGAGACGGUGUAUACCCUGCAAGCGGAAGUUUCCAACACUGGAGACGUCGAUGGAUAUGCCGUACCACAGCUGUACAUUGAAUUUCCCACUUCGACCCCUACAGGUACUCCACCAAACCAGCUUCGCGGGUUCGACAAAAUCUGGCUUACAGCUGGUGAGAAGAAGACAGUCACAUUUGAGUUAAUGCGUCGAGAUCUCAGUUACUGGGAUGUUGUUUUCCAGGACUGGCGUAUUCCUGCCGGUUCUUUUAUUUUCAAGGCUGGAUUCAGCAGCCGUGAUUUCCAUGCGAAUGCUAAUGUGACACUGGUCAAAGCAUAA